AUGAAAAAUAUUAUUUUUUUUUUUUUAUAUGUAUUGUUGAUCUGUUUGGUAAGAAGUGAUUUACCUAUACAUGCUCUUAUGGGAGAUGUACAAGGCGUAUGGAAAAUCAAACAGACAAAAAAAAUCAGUGAAAAACCUGAAAAUUGUGGUGGAGGAAUACCUAAUAGAAAUUCAGAAAAUUUAAGUUCAAGUAUAAAGUAUUAUAAAAGAUUUUUAGAAAAUAAAUAUGGAAGUCUAGAAGAAAUAAAAAUAAAAUUAACAAUGGAAAAAAUUAAAAUAACUAAUGAAAUAAAGCCAAGAGAUCAAUGGACAUACUUAGCAGUAAAAAGCUACGAUAAUGAUCAAAUUAUCGGUUAUUGGACAAUGGUUUAUGAUGAAGGAUUUGAAAUUAGACUAAAAGGAAAGAGAUAUUUUGGAUUUUUUAAAUAUGAAAGAAAUUCUAAUCGAUAUUGCCCCCAGUCAAUAGAAGAUAAAAAUUUCGAUGAAGAAGAAUGCUAUAAAACAGAUCCCACCAAAACACAAAUUGGAUGGAUACUUGAUGAAAAAAUAAAAAAAAAUUCUAAGGAGAAAAUAUUUCAUUGGGGCUGUUUUUACUCUGAGAAAGAAGAAGAUGGAAAUACUUCUUCAUUUGUUAUUGAUAAUAUUGAGAAAAAUGAAACCUAUAAAAGAAAUAAAUUAAGUUUCUCUGUCCUUGGAAAAAGAUCAAAAUACAAAAAAGUUUAUUUGUCAAAUUUACCCAAAAUAUAUGCUGCUACAAAAACUAAUUUAAUGAAUAUAUAUGAGAAAAAAAAUCAUAAAAUUUACGGAUGUAAAAAAAAUGAUUUUACUGAUUUAAAAAUUCGUUUAACAUUACCAAAAGAAUUUAGUUGGGGAGAUCCUUUUAAUGAUGAAAAUUUUGUUGAAGAUGUGGAAGAUCAAAAAGAUUGCGGCAGUUGUUAUUCUAUUUCUAGUGUAUACUGUUUAGAAAAAAGAUUUGAAAUAUUAUUUUGGAAAAGAUAUAAAAAAAAAAUAAAAAUGCCAAAAUUAUCUUAUCAAUCUAUUUUGAGUUGUUCCCCAUUUAAUCAAGGUUGCGAUGGCGGUUACCCAUUUCUUGUUGGUAGACAAAUGUAUGAAUUUGGUAUACCCUCAGAAAAGUACAUGAAAUAUGAAAAUGAUGACACAGUUCAAUGUACACUUAAUAUGGGAAAUUUUAACAAAUCAAAUAAUAAAGAUAAAAGCAUAAAAGAGAUAUAUUAUGCUUCAGAUUAUUAUUAUAUAAAUGGAUGUUAUGAAUGUGCAAAUGAAUAUGAUAUGAUGAAUGAAAUUUUAUUAAAUGGACCAAUAAUAUCAGCUAUUAAUGCAACCCCAGAAUUGUUAAAUUUAUAUAAUAAUAAUAAUAAAAAUAAAAUAUAUGAUGUUAUUACUAAUGAAAAUCAAAUAUGCGAUGUAUUAAAUGAAGGGUUUAACGGUUGGCAGCAAACAAACCAUGCUAUUAAUAUUGUUGGAUGGGGAGAACAAAUAAAUAAAAAUAAUGAAUUAAUAAAAUAUUGGCUGAUAAGAAAUACGUGGGGUAAACAAUGGGGAUAUAAAGGUUAUUUAAAAUUUCAAAGAGGAAUAAAUCUAGCUGGUAUUGAAUCUCAAGCAGUUUUCAUUGAUCCUGAUUUUUCAAGAGGACAAGCUAAAAUCCUUCUAAAACAGAAUUAA